GGCUAGCUCAGCGUCAAAUGCUACGACAAGUCUUGUACAGCCUACCUGUUAGUGGCACGUAAUGCUGCUAUCUCUGCUAGGUAAGACCAGUACAAGUACGGCGUCUUCGCUAGUCGGAAGGAGGGCAGCUACAUAAUAAGCCUUUCACCCCAUCCGCUUCUGCUGUUCUCGUUGCUUCUGCAAUAGCGCGACGUCACCCUUCAAAUUCACUCUUGCGCAUCCAUCACAGAGCUCGCCGCGCGGAACCAAUCGCUGCAUCAUGUCGUAUCAAGGAUAUGGCCAGCCCUACGGCCAGCCGCCUCAAGGCUACGGCCAAUAUCCCCCUCCCCAGCAGGGCCAAUAUCCUCCGCCUCAGCAAGGCCAGUACCCGCCUCCUCAGGGCCAGUACCCCCCGCCACAAGGCCAGUACGGCCAGUAUCCUCCCCCUCAGCAGGGAGGCUAUUAUCAGUCGCCUCCGCCAGGCCAGUACCCCCCACAGCAAGCGCCAUACGGACAGCCGCCGCCUCAGCAGUACGGAGCGCCUCCUCCACACCCACAACAGCCCUACGGAGCUCCUCCGCCAGGCCAGUACGGCGCUCCUCCUCCCCAGCAGGGAGGAUAUUACGGUGCUCCUCCUCCCGCGCCGUAUGGAGCUCCUCCAACGCAGCCUACACCCCCCUCAUUAGGCUACGGCGCACCGCAGAUCAUCCAGUGGGAUGGCACCGCAGAUGCUCAGGCUUUGCGCGCUGCCAUGAAAGGCUUCGGAACGGACGAGAAGGCGCUGGUUAACAUCCUGUCAAGAAAAGACCCGCUCCAGAUUGAGGUGCUGCGGACAGCUUUCGAGCGCCUUUUUAAGCGCAAUCUAAUAGAAGAUAUUAAGAAGGAGACGAGAAGCUGGUUUGAGUAUGGCCUCGUUCAGCUUGCGCGCGGUCCGUUAAUGGCUGAUGUCCACAACCUGUACGAUGCCAUGUCUGGCCCAGGGACCAAGGAAGUCGUCCUGAACGAUAUUCUCCUCUCGAGGUCUAACGCUGAUCUACAAGCCAUCAAGAGCGCUUAUCAGAGAACUUUCCGACGAAGCUUGGAGUCCGAUGUCAAGGGUGAACUGAGCUUCAAAACGGAAAGGAUGUUCUUGAUAGUUUUGGCAGCCAACAGGGCCGAAGAUUCAGCCCCAGUCAUUCCCCAACAGGUUGAGCAAGAUGUCAUGAGCAUCUACAAGGCGACCGAGGGCAAAGUCGGAACGGAUGAGAUUCUUGUUUGCAGCAUUCUGGCCAACAGAAACGAUAACCAGAUCCGAGCCAUCGCCCAUACUUAUAAGCAGAAGUUCAACCGCAGUUUGGAAUCCGUAAUCGAUGGUGAAUUCUCUGGUCAUAUGAAGGAUGCCCUCUUGUUCCAGCUGCUCCAUGCUGUUGACAAGUAUAUGCACGCCGCGAAGCUCCUGGAAGAUUCCAUGGCAGGACUGGGCACCAAAGACCAUCUCCUCAUUUCUCGAGUUGUCCGCUUCCAUUGGGACAGACAAGAACUUGCAAACGUCAAGGGGGCCUAUCAGCAGCGAUAUAGGAGGAGCUUGGCCAGCCGUAUCAGAGGAGAGACGUCUGGUGAUUACCAAACGCUAAUGGUCGCUUGCGUUGGAGAGUGAAAAUAAAACGUGCCUCACAGGUGUACUGAUGGAAUUUGGUAAUAUGACUACGCCCUAAUGAGAUUCCACCUAGAUUCAUAAUGAUGGGUAGCUGGAGGAUACGGUGGCGUUUGGAUACUUGAAUUUUGGGCUGUAUCAACAAAGGCACGACUACCUACUAGAUAAUGAGAGGCCGUAAAGCAUUGUAUGACUAGUAAUGCAAAAAGAACAAGAAACUGAUUGCAAA